GCGGUAGAGACGUCACCAGCGCCCUUCAGCAGAGGAAACAUGGCGUCUGCUACGCGCUUCAUCCAACUGCUGCGGAACUGGGCGUCCGGGCAUAAUUUGCAGGCGAAGCUGCAACUGCGGUACCAGGAGAUCGCCAAGCGGACUCAGCCUCCUCCCAAGCUCCCUGUGGGCCCCAGCCACAAGCUCUUUAACAAUCACUACUGUAUGCGAGAUGGCCGCCGGGAAUCUGUGCCACCCUUGGUCGUCAUGUCCUCACAGAAGGCACUGGUGUCAGGCAAGCCAGCAGAGAGCGCCUCUGUGGCAGCCACAGGGAAGGUGCCCGUGACUCCAGCUCCUCCUAUGAAGAGAUGGGAGCUGUCCAAGGACCAGCCUUACCUGUGACAUCGCCCGGGGACAGCCGGCUGCGCCUGCAGGGCCACUUGUGCUUUCCCUCCUUGGAUUCCCUCUGGGGAGAAAAUGACCUAAUUUAUGACAAAUAUAUGGAGCUUCAGUGUAUCACUUCUGUCUAUACUUUGAAGCAACAUACGGCUUGCCUAGGUUUCCAG